AAAAAAAACUCGAACCAUGAGAGCCGAUUGUCAUAGAAAUGUCCAUAUACAAUACAGACACCAUCAGUGCGGCCACAAGUGAAUUUGUGUGUGCGGCUUUCUUCGUAUUCUAUUGAAAUAGUUGAAAAGUUAUGAAUAAUUGAAUGACAGUCAACUGAUAGAAAGAAAACGUAAUAGAAACGUUUUGUGUUCAAUUAAAACCAAAGAAAAUUUAGUGUAACCAAAAAAAAGCCAACAACAAGUGUAAAGUGAAGAAAAAAAAGAAGAAAAAAUGGGACAGAAAGUGUCACGUACAGAUUUUGAAUGGGUGUAUACGGAAGAGCCGCAUGCAUCACGUCGCAAGAUAAUUCUUGAAAAAUAUCCGCAAAUCAAAAAACUAUUUGGUUAUGAUCCGAACUUCAAGUAUGUUGCCAGCGCAAUGGUAUUGUUGCAAUUCGCAAUGAUGUUUAUUAUGAAAGGACAAUCUUGGCCGAUUACUUUGAUAGUUGCGUAUUGUUUUGGUGGUGUUAUAAAUCAUUCACUUGCAUUGGCCAUACAUGAGAUUGCACAUAAUUUGGCAUUUGGUCAUGCCCGACCGAUGGCAAAUCGUAUGUUUGGAUUCUUUUGCAAUUUACCGCUUGGCGUUCCGAUGUCGGUGUCAUUCAAGAAAUACCAUUUGGAACAUCAUCGAUAUCAAGGCGAUGAGGUGAUUGACACAGAUUUACCCACAUUAAUUGAAGCAAAACUAUUCGAUACAACAUUUGGUAAAUUCUGUUGGGUUUGUUUGCAACCACUUUUCUACCUAAUAAGACCAUUGAUCGUCAAUCCAAAACCACCAAACCGUUUGGAAGUGAUAAAUGCCAUCAUUCAGAUUAUUUUCGAUGCAUUUGUCGUUCAUUUUUUCGGCUGGAGAGUACUGUGGUAUUUGAUUAUUGGCACACUGUUGGCAAUGGGAUUACAUCCAGUUGCUGGCCAUUUCAUUUCCGAACAUUAUAUGUUUGCCAAAGGCUUUGAAACAUAUUCGUACUAUGGACCAUUGAAUUUUAUCACGUUCAACGUUGGCUACCACAAUGAACACCACGAUUUUCCGGCUGUACCAGGCUCUCGAUUGCCAGAAGUUAAACGCAUUGCUGCCGAAUUUUACGAUGAUAUGCCACAGCACAACAGUUGGAUACAAGUUUUAUACGAUUUCAUCAUGGAUCCACAGGUUGGCCCAUACGCCAGAAUCAAAAGAAAAGCAAGAGGCCUUGACUAAUAGACAACAUUUUUUAUAAACGAUUUUGCACAGAGAAUUUAAAAGUUAACUAAACACUAACCGUAAAUAUUUUGUAAAAAACAAAACAAGUGAAUAUAAAAUAAAAACACAACUAGGUUUCAAUGUACAAAAUAUAUGGUGAAUAAUAAAUCAUAAAUUCUACUGGAAUUGUUAUAAAUAAAGCAAUUCAAAACAUUGUGCUAUUUAGAUAGAUUAAUGGGUGAAGUUUCUAUUUUCUAAACCAAUAAAAGAAAAAGGAACACUAUGAAACAUAGAACAUGCAAAAAAUAAAUAAACGGGUACCAAAUGCAGUCAGAUAAAUGUUGGAUGGCUUUACGAAGAGAAUUAAAAAUAUUUUUGCAGUGUAAAAUAAAAAAUGUAAAUAUAUUCUGUUGAUUCUGUUCCGAAUUUAAGUAUUAAGUGAUUGCUUGCAUGGACAAAAAAAUGAAAACGAAGAUGUUAGAAGUGGCGAUAAAAUAUUUAUUAUUGUUUUACAUUUUGAAAUUGGUUCAAACGAAAAAAGAAAAAGAAAUAAUACACAUACACAUAUUUUGAUCUUGGAUUCUAUUUAUUUAAUAUCUUCUAUUCAAACGUGCAAACAAUAUCAGCCUUUAGCUAGAUAAAAUUAAAAAUAAUAAAAUAGAAAUAUUUUUUAAACGAUACCAACGAAUAGCCUGAAUAAACAAAAUUCCCAAAACAAUUUA